AUGCGCUACAGCCGAUUGGCAACUUGCCAAGAGGAGGCUGACGAAGCCAGUCGACUUCUUCCACUCAUGGUUGACUCGGAGGUUCCUGUGGACGGAUCGGACGACAUUUACCUUCUUCCCUCUGUAUCAUCUCGCAGUUCCAGCACAUUUGCCAUGACCAAUUGCUCGAGUAACCCUUUUAUUCUUGCGAGAAAAACAUCGGCUCCUGCACGUAUCAGAGAUGCUGCCGCAUGUUGUUUUGGUCGUCGCCGCGUAUUGCAUUCUCGCACUGUAAGAAUCGGCUAUGGUCCAGUGGGCGGCGACCAAGGGGGUGGUUUUGCUCCGAACAAAGUCUCUAAUCAGAAAUACAAUAUCUUCAGCUUUGUUCCAUUGGUCCUUUUUCAACAGUUUAAAUUCUUUUUGAAUUUAUAUUUCUUGUUGAUGGCAUGCAGUCAGUUCAUACCUGCUAUCCAAAUCGGUGCACCUAUAACCUACUGGGGACCGUUGGGUUUCGUGCUCACAAUCACACUUAUCCGUGAAGCACUUGACGACUUUGUCCGCUUUCUCAGAGAUAAAGAGUUGAAUGGUGAGAAGUAUGAACGAUUAACCCGAGAUGGUACGCGAGUCGAAGUCAACAGCAGGUGA